GACAUUAUACAAAGUGUUCAUUAUCGUACAAUACCUCAGACUUGCGUUGCGUUGCACGUCCAUAUCUGAAUAAUGCCGUGUUUAAAAAUAUUAACAAACAUCUCCAGUUAUAAAAUACCACGGGAUUUUCUUGAUAAAAUAAUCCCAGUUCUGGCAAAAGCAGUAAAGAAAGAAGAUGCUAAAUUCGUAUGUGUAAUAAUAGGCGAUUGUCAAAUGUCGUUCGGCGGUGAAACGUCUGUACCAAGUGCUAUUGCUACGUUAGAAUCGAUUGGUAAUCUCGGUCCGCAAGAAAACAAAGAAAUAGUAAGAGAAUUGACGAAAUUCUUAGAAAAAGAAAUUAAAGUGAAACCUGACAGAUUUUUCUUAACCUUUUAUGAUUUACUUCCAUACAACGUCGCUAAAGGAGGUAUCACUAUUGAAGAAACGGGGCCGUGAUAACAUCGUCCAAGCAAGUUGUACGUUGAUAUUUAAUAUUGAUAUGUCUGCCGAACGUAAUAAAAUGAUAUAAUCCUUA